UAUUUUAGCACCAGUGCAGCUGUAGAUCAGCACCAGUUCAUCUGUCCAGUGUGUCUGGAUCUCCUGAAGGACAGUCACAGUCACAGUUAAGGUGUGUAUUAAUGGUCACUGGGAUCAGGAGGAUCAGAAGGGCGUCUACAGCUGUCCUCAGUGCAGAGACACUUUCACUCCAAGGCCUGUUCUACGCAGAAACAACAUGCUGGCUGAAGUGGUGGAGAAACUGAAGAAGAAGACCGACAUCCCAGAUGCUUCUCCUGCUCAAUGUGACACUGGACCUGGAGAUGUGGAGUGUGAUCCCUGCACUGAGAGAAAGCGCGAAGCCUGUAUGUGCUGUAUGAUGUGUCUGUCUUGCUUUUGUUUAAAAAAAAAUAGAACCAAAUAUACAAUAUUUGAUGCAGAAAAGAUCUGCUCUGAACACAACAAGAUGAUUGAGAUUGACUGCUGCACUGAUCAAAGCUAUAUUUGCUCCUUGUGCAUGUUGAAUAAACAUCAAGGCCAUGCUGUAUCAAAUGAAGCUGAGAAACAGAGUGAGUUAAAGGAGAAGCAGAAGAAGGUGCAGGAGCUGAAACAGGCUGUGAACACUAUAAAGACAGCAGUGAAGGAAAUCGAAGCUUGGGAGGAGACUGAACUGAGUCGACCUCAACAUCAGUCUCCCUCAUUUGAUGGAGUGAGGAAUUCUCUCUCAGAUCUGAAGAAGAGACUCGAGGAAUUCUGUGAGGAGGAAUUCAACCAAAUCCCUCCACAUGUGGAGAACGCUCAGAGUUUACUCACAGAGCCUCAGAGCAGAGACGAGUUUCUGAAAUCUUCGUGUAAAUUCAUCCCAGUGGGCACAAACUCGUGGAAACCACGUGGAAAAGACGUGUUUUCACCACGUGGAAAAGACGGGUAA